CGUUUAUCACUCUCCGCACGUUGAGGCGUCCCGGUAACCCCAUCCCUUCGGCAGUGGAAACCGGAUACCCCGGUCUCUAUGCACGUUACCACCCCUGAACCCACGGCAGGUGGUGAGAACCAAGCAUGGCGGACGAUCCGUACACGGGCGAUCCGCUAGACGUGUACAGGAAACCCGACAAACAGUUCUCCGAGGAAACGGUAGGGAUCGCGAGUACCCUGCUGGAAAAGAAGGUGACUUUGGGUCGUCCACCAAGUGCAACAAUGAGGAACAGGAAGGCCGCCAUUCUCAAUGAACUUUCAUCGGCCAAGAGUACCAGUAAGCAUAAGGCCUUUCACGUACCAUCGCCUCCGGCUGUAAGAAUGGACACCACGAAACCAAACCUUCCUAACAGGAAGGUACGCAGUGCACAGGCGAGGUACUCAACAGGCGGUAAACAGAAAUGGGAAGGUAGGAAGGUGAAGAGUGCCCAGUCAUCAUACACACAGCAACUUAGCACUCAGGGAGUACAGAAUACUCAGGACAGAAGAACAAACGUGAAAGCAAGGAACACAAGAAGUAAACAACAAACAACGUUUCAAGACUUCCGAGAGGAUUUGCCACAUAGGACCCCUCCUGCAUAUGAAGAAGUGGUUGAUAGUUCUACCUCACAGUUAAGUAAUUACUUCUUUAAGACUGAACUAGAAGAUGAAGAGGAGGAAACUGGGUUGGACCCCUACAGGCUGGUAGGGAGUACAGCGGAGUGUUUCCCCUACAAGUGUGCCACGCCUGGAAACCAGGGGUUGGAGCAGGACAAAGGCAGACAACAGGAUGAACUUUACGUUACAGCAAGAAAGGUGCCCUCAGGAAUUCAACCUCUCACCCCCUGGCUGACAGAAGAUAUUCCUCCAGAAUGGUGUGGUGUUGAUCCCAGGGAGUGCCUGGUGUUCCUCCCCUCCCUGCGUACAAUGGACAGUCCCCCUCCGUACAUCCCCCCAAUGCAAUCACCUGAAGAUGAACUUCCCUUCACAGACAUUCUGCCCCCUCCACAGAACUCAAAGAGACAUCAGAGAGUUAAGGAGCAGAGAAGACACUCAGAAGGACACGAGACACCACAAUUUGGGGCAGUACAAAAUGUAGAGAUCUUCUCCAAAUCAGAUGGAAGCCUCCUACAUGCGUAA